AUGUGCUCAGACAGUAUUACCAAUAAAAACAAUACGAUCAUUAAAAAGAAAUUACAGUGAAGUGCAUCAAUGUGAUAAAGUGCAGAAAAAAACAUUAAUUAGUUAUUUAAUAUUUCAUAUUACGCAACAUGUCAGCCUUGGAGGAGCUUGCGGUGCAGCUGUAUGAUGCCGGGGCGGUGAGGUUCGGAGACAUUGAGGCGAUGGUCGGCCGUCGGACCCCUAUCUACUUCGACCUCCGAGUGGCAGUGUCACAUCCGCGCCUCAUGACGGCGGUGUCGAAGCAGCUGUCGAGCAUGGCGUCGGAAAUAGACUACGACAUCUUGUGCGGCGUCCCGUACGCCGCGCUGCCCUUCGCCGCCGUCAUGUCCGUCAACACCGACACACCCAUGAUCAUGCGCCGGCGGGAGACCAAGCUCUACGCCACCAAGAAGAUUCUCGAAGGCGUGUUCCAGCGGGGGCAGAAUUGCCUCGUAGUCGAGGACGUGGUGACAUCUGGCGGCAGCCUGCUGGAAACCGUUUGCACACUCCGCGACGAAGGCCUGCGCGUCACGCACGCCGUGGUUGUCAUAGACCGCGAACAAGGUGGCGCUAGUGUGUUAAAAGCGAACGGCAUCGAAGUGAAAUCCAUUUUCACUAUGACCGAGCUGGUUCAAAUUUUACGAAAAGCGAACAGAAUAACCGACGACGUGGUCGAAUUGGUUUUCGAUCACAUCAAAGAAUGCCAGUUCGGCAUGAAGGAUAAUCUCGAAUAAUCCCUUGUUAUCACUGAGGCAGUAAGUACCUACAUGUCAGUACUACGUGUCAGUACUCACUGAGUACUGACACUGAGUACUACUCAGUGCUUGUUAUACCUAUAUGUCGUAGGAUUAUUUGAUAAAUCGAAUUUUCUCGAAAAUUCUAGGGAUUUUUCGAAAACACGGAUAAUUAGAUAAUGGUGAUAACCUUUUUCAAUUAUCCUAAAAAAAAUUAGGUUUUUUUGGGAAAACGCGAGUUGC